AGGUUGGAGACUCUGGCUGCCUUCUUGGUCUUGGAGACCCUGGCUGCCCUCUUGGUAUUAUGUCUGCACUUCGAAGGAAAUUUGGGGACGAUUAUCAAGUAGUGACCACCUCGUCCAGCGGGUCGGGCUUCCACCAGCAGCAGGGCUCGGCCCACAAGAAAAAGCGCCAGAGGUUUGUGGACAAGAAUGGUAGGUGUAACGUGCAGCAUGGCAACCUGGGCAGCGAGACGAGCCGCUAUCUGUCGGACUUGUUCACCACCUUGGUGGACCUCAAGUGGCGCUGGAACCUUUUCAUCUUUAUCCUCACCUACACUGUGGCCUGGCUUUUCAUGGCCUCCAUGUGGUGGGUCAUUGCCUACAUACGGGGUGACUUGAACAAAGCCCACGAUGAGAAAUAUACCCCGUGUGUUGCCAACGUCUAUAACUUCCCCUCUGCCUUCCUCUUCUUCAUAGAGACAGAGGCUACUAUUGGGUAUGGCUACAGAUACAUUACAGACAAAUGCCCGGAGGGAAUCAUCCUCUUUCUUUUCCAGUCCAUCUUGGGCUCCAUUGUGGAUGCUUUUCUUAUAGGCUGUAUGUUUAUCAAGAUGUCCCAACCUAAAAAACGGGCGGAGACACUGAUGUUCAGUGAACAUGCUGCCAUAUCCAUGAGGGAUGGCAAACUUACCCUCAUGUUCAGGGUGGGCAACCUUCGCAACAGCCACAUGGUUUCUGCACAGAUCCGCUGCAAACUUCUCAAAUCUCGGCAAACUCCUGAAGGUGAAUUUCUACCCCUCGAUCAACUUGAACUGGAUGUAGGUUUUAGCACAGGGGCGGAUCAACUUUUUCUUGUAUCGCCACUUACAAUCUGCCAUGUGAUCGAUUCAAAAAGCCCCUUCUAUGACCUUUCUCAGCGAAGCAUGCAAACUGAACAGUUUGAAAUUGUUGUCAUCCUAGAGGGCAUUGUGGAAACAACUGGAAUGACUUGUCAAGCCAGAACAUCAUACACAGAAGAUGAAGUUCUCUGGGGUCAUCGCUUUUUCCCUGUUAUUUCCUUAGAGGAAGGCUUUUUCAAAGUAGACUACUCCCAGUUCCAUGCCACCUUUGAAGUUCCUACUCCACCUUACAGUGUGAAAGAACAGGAAGAAAUGCUGCUUAUGUCCUCCCCUCUAAUAGCACCAGCUGUAGGUAACAGUAAAGAAAGGAAUAAUUCUAUAGAAUGUCUCGAUGGCCUUGAUGACAUUGGUACAAAGAUACCCUCCAAACUACAGAAAAUGACUGGAAGGGAAGACUUUCCUAAAAAACUGUUGAGAAUGAGUUCUACUACUUCAGAAAAAGCCUACAGCAUGGGGGACCUCCCCAUGAAACUUCAGCGAAUAAGCUCUGUCCCUGGAAACUCAGAGGAGAAACUGAUAUCUAAGACCACAAAAAUGUUAUCAGACCCUAUGAGCCAAUCUAUGGCAGACUUGCCACCAAAACUUCAAAGGUUAUCCGGAGGAGGAGGAGGAGGAGGCAGAAUGGAUGGAAACCUUCCCCCCAAGCUGAGAAAAAUGAAUUCCGAUCGGUUUACAUAACAGGAACAAACUUUUUAGGCAUUACUUGAAUGGCCAUUAUCUCUAACUGGGGCAGAAAAGUAAACACAUUGAAAUAAUAUUUGGUGACUGGGUUUCUUUACAGCUACAUGUACUCUGGGAUAAUACUCUCCCUUUUUAAGGACUACAAUAAGAGAUCUGAAGUUCAGCUUAGGGUCACUUCGAAAGCUAAUAAGCUAAUACUAUUUGGCAUGUAGUAUCAUCACAAGCAUGCAAUAAUAGUGUGCAAAUUUUGCAUAUAGUUUUAUGGCAUGGUUCUUAUUAUAUUUAUACUGUAUAUUCUGGGAAAAAUGUAAAUGGAGGGUUAAUUCUCCUAUAUUUCUUAAGCUUUGAUUAAUAAGUACAAACAAAAGUGAGCUACUAACAGGGCAGAUUAUAAUUUGUAAGGACACAGAAUCCAGCAAAAGAUGAACAUUUCAGGCAUGAGCAUGUGCCCAUUGCAUCCUCCAUUUCCUUCAGAAAGAUGGGGAGUUUUCCGCUGAAACAUCUCCCGCUCACUCAGUAGCAGCCGCGGCAGCUCUCAUGAGGGUAAGGAAACGUGCAGGAGAAGACUAUACAUAAAUAAGAAACUGAAUCAGAUCUUUGGUUAAUCUUUAAAUACAUAUUUAAUUACUUUCCAGUCAAUACAGUUAAGUGUGUAUGUUGGCUGAAUCAUGCCCAUUUUUUUUCCUGAUGUAAAUUGUGUUGUUUUUCUUCAGACAGUUACGGUGCAUGUUUUCUUUGUUCAAAUAAGGCUACAGCUAUUAAGAAUUCUGAACACCAAAACUUUUAACCCUUUAAGCUUUUUUUUUUUUUGCUUUAACACUUUCCCCAGUUUAUUUUGCUAUAUGGAUACUCUAUUUUUUCUUUACAAAAAAAGUCAAUUCUGGUUAGAAGCAGGCAAAAUACAUGGCAGGCAGAGUUCUAUUUUAGGCAGAGGUCAUAAAAUCAAGAAAGUUAUUGUGAUACAUAGUUGUUUCAUUUUCAUUAAAAUAAGUAUGAAAUAAACUUCGACAUGGAAAUAUUUUCUUGACUUCUUACACUAAUGGCUUACUCUGAUUUUUCAUGCAUCAAGUAAAUUCCUUUCUUCAUAUUGACUCUUUAUAUCCAUAUUCAUCCUACAGUAAAGUUAGAUUCAGAUAACCCAGGGCCUCAAAAGCUUACUGUGAAAGUUGUGUAAUCCCUCGUGAAGUGCUUUUUGUAAAUCUGUAAGCACAGAUAGGUUCAGAGCUAUUCUUAACUUCUUAGAAAUCAAAAACCUCUGGAGUAGUCAUCUCAGCAGUUAUUAUAAGGUUCCUGAUUAUUGGAAAUUAACUUGCAGAUUAUUUUAUGACAAUAGCAUUUGUUCGGGUCUGCAGCUUCAUUAAUGAAAAGAUUUUUUUUUUCUCCACAGUACAAGCAGCCUAAUCAUCAAUGCACUCUUGCCUAAGUCCUCCUUAGCCGUAAGAAGGUGAAUAAAGAUAAUUUAUAACAGUACCUACUAUGCACUAU